UCUUGUCGUCCCAUAAGCGAGAGUCAAAAGCGGAAAAGUAGAAAAUCGAAUUACCAAAGCAAAAACUAACAAAAAAGUUACCGAUUUUGGUAAAUAUCUACCAACUGUGGCAACCGUGGAAGUAAAUGUUUGUGUGUGUCUCUCGGUGGAUGGAAAAAUUUAUAGUUUUUAUAAAAUAUAACAAAUUUCAAGAAAGAAAAAUUAAAACCCGAAGUGUAGCAAAAUUGCAAACAGACAACUAACUUGUGUUGUGCUGCGAGAAAUAUUUGUGAUUUGAACUUUAUGCCAGUGCAAGGAGAGGCAGAAAAUAUUUUGUUUGUCGUUUGUCUGCUGCAAAAAGAAGGAAAACAUAAGUGGAAAACUUUGUAUAACAAUUGUAAGAAAGCAGAAUAUAAUAAGUGAAACAAGUGAAGUGAAAAGUCAAGUUUUCUUUUGUUUAAAGAAAAUCUAUGUGAAUUUUCCGCUGUAGUAACACAAAGAUUAUAUGAAAAAUUAACAAAAAAAAAAUAGAAAGAAAAACCCAGCAAACCAACAAACAAUCUCUCUCCAAGCAAAAAAGCGACGACGAGGAAGAAGAAGAAGCAAGAAAAAAAGCGAAAGAGAUCCAAGUAAGACCAAGCUUGAAAUCCAUCAGGAAGCUGCAUUUAUCUCCACCGCCCUCUGCGCGACUGCCUGCCUGCCUGCUGCAACCCAGACGACAAUGUUCCUCCACCUCAUCCAACCACUUGUCUCAAGCAUUUGCCAACACUAAAAGAACGAAGUAAUCUCAAACAAACAACAACAACACAAAAUAAUGGAUGGUUCACAUCUAGGUGGCAGCAGUCAUCAAUUAGCCAAAGAUCAAUUGUUGCCCUUGCAACCAUUGGCCCCUCUGCAUCAUCAUCAUCAUCAUCACAAUCCAUUGGCAUCAGCCUCGACAUCGGCCUCACAAUUACUGUCGCAAUCGAGAACCGGAAGUGUACUGCUAUUACGCACCAGUCGAUCUCCAUCGGCCACACGCAGUGCCGAGCCAAUGUCCAGAGAGCGUGAACAUCACCGCGGCGAGAGUGCCGACUCGACGGGCUCAGCGACCAUUGGAUUUGGCGGCAGCAGUUCAGCGGCGGUCGUCGGCGGUAUAGCAGCGACAUCCAGUGGCGCCAGCAACAGUGUGGCCACCACCAUGACCGGUAGCAUGGGUAGCGGUGGUGGUGUUGGGGUGGUCGGUGUGACGCCCUAUCGUGGUUUUCGCAGUCAUUCGCCCACAAAUCGACGCAGUCGCGAACGCAAUCGUACCCAUGCCCGUACACAUGGUUCCGAUCAGGGUGGUCUCUUGGCCUAUGGGGCCAUGGGUGGUGGUAUACCAUUGAGUGGUGUUGGUUUGGUGGGUGGUGAUGUGGAUGUGGCACUGGGUAGUACUGGUAUCACCUCGGGUGGUGUUAUAGACGAUACACGGUUGUCAGGUCUUGACGACAUUUGCUAUCAAAGCUUUGCCUCCGAUGAUCUGGAUGCCGCCGGUGGUCCCGGCCAUGGCGGUGAGACCAGCAGUGGUAGUAAAAAACAUCACCGGCGCCAUGAAAGAACCUCCAGUUUACAGGCCCUUGAUCGGCUAAAUACCAAAAUUCAAUGUACAAAGGAGUCGAUACGUAAAGAACAGACUUCCCGAGAUGAUAACGUUAAUGAAUAUCUCAAAUUGGCCGCCAGUGCUGACAAACAGCAGUUGAUACGGAUAAAGGCCGUUUUUGAGAAAAAGAACCAAAAAAGCGCACACUCAAUAUCUCAACUGCAAAAGAAACUGGACAACUACACGAAGCGAGUGAAAGACCUACAGAAUCAACAAUAUCAACACAAGUCACAGCAUAGACAACCGCGUGAAGUCUUACGAGACGUGGGCCAAGGGUUAAGAAAUGUUGGCGGCAAUAUCCGUGAUGGUAUUACCGGCUUUUCAGGGUCUGUCAUGUCCAAGCCCCGGGAAUUUGCACAUUUGAUUAAGAAUAAAUUUGGCAGUGCUGAUAAUAUAAAUCAAAUGUCAGAAUCUGAAUUGAAUAACUUAAAUAUGCCUGCGAAUCAUGAAAUGUUUGGUAGUUCAACGCCCAACACCGCCAUACCAAAUGCAUCGACUGGAUCUGGCGGUGGCGGCGGUAUGCUUAAUGCCGGUGGUGCUGGUAGCGGUAAAUUCAAUAGUGAGAAUGGCAGUGAAUGUAGCAGCGUCACCAGUGAGAGCAUACCAGCGGGCUCUGGAAAAAGUCAAUCGGGUGCCAGCCAAUAUCACAUUGUAUUGAAAUCUCUUCUAACCGAAUUGGCCGAACGUAAGGCUGAAAUAGAAAAACUAACCGAACGUGUUGAACGACUGGAGAAUGCUCAAAAGGAUUUUAAUAACUUAACUGCAACACUGGAAGGUGAACGAUAUCGUGCUGAAAGUCUGGAGGAACAAAUCAAUGACCUGACGGAAUUACAUCAGAACGAAAUUGAAAAUUUGAAACAAACCAUUGCCGACAUGGAGGAAAAAGUCCAAUAUCAAAGUGAUGAACGUCUACAGGAUGUCAAUGAAGUUUUAGAAAAUUGUCAAACUAGAAUUUCCAAAAUGGAACAUUUAUCCCAACAACAAUACGUAACUGUUGAAGGUAUCGAUAACUCAAAUGCCCGUGCUUUAGUUGUGAAAUUAAUUAAUGUUGUCCUGACCAUACUGCAAGUGGUACUGCUGCUGGUUGCCACAGCGGCGGGUAUUAUAAUGCCGUUUUUGAAAACAAGAGUCCGUGUGCUGACAACGUUCUUAUCGAUAUUCGUUAUAAUUUGUGUGAUACGUCAAUGGCCUGAUGUUCAGGACAUUGGCGCCGGUUUACUGCGUCAUUUAAAACAGUCUUUGGUUGUUAAAUAGAUAUAUAUUUAUAUACCUAUACCUAACUAAAUAUAUAUUUUAUUGUAUAUGUAAAUAUAGAAGAGAACCCCCGAUAAACAAUUCUUAACUAUUACUAUUAUUACUAUUACAAUUAAUAUUAAAUAAAUUACAACUACAACUAUUAUUAUUUAAUUUAAUUAUAAUUAUUAUUAUUUUUAAAUGAGAAAAAAGUGUGUGUAAUAAUUAAUUAACUAUUAAUUUUUAAACUUUGUAUAAUGCAUUAGAAAAUCGAUCUAUGUAAACUUUAGCUUAAAACUCUAUUUAUAUUUAUAUAAAAAGAAAAAAAAAAAACAAAAACAACAAAACAAACUAUGGAAAUAGAAAACUAUAUUUGUAAUAAAAUAAACGAAAAAAGAAUACAAAAAAAAAAAAAAA